AUGGCCGACGCUGCUGCCCAGUACAAGAAGCAGGAUGGCAGAGUCUCUGUGUCUGCCGAUGGCAAGACGGUGUCGUGGAAGUCGUCGGCGGCCAGUAAUGCGCAUCCUCCGCUGUCCAUAGCCAUAGCAGACAUUGGGAAUCUCCAACAGACACCUGCGACCUCUGCAAAAGCCUCCAUCAAGAUCGUUGUACCGGAGCCCGCUCCACAAGCCGGGAACCAUACCCUCACCUUUACCUCCGGCGCCGCUCGCGACGAUCAGCAGAACAUAACCGGUCUAUUGCGCAAGUGGAUCGAGGCUUCCAAACAACAGGCUGCUCCCGCCCCAGCUCCUGCUGCUGGUGCUGGAGAGGGAGGGGACGGCGGCGCAUCAGCUGCAAUGGCCAUGGCUCAGACCGUAACAGCUGGCGGCAACGACAACCAAGAAAACUACGACGAUGCGAAGCUGCUCGCAGAUACGUCGCUCCAGAUGUCGCUACUCAAUUCGAGCCCAGCGCUUCGACAACGCUUCGACCGAGCGCUGGCGGAGAAGCCUGAUUCCGUUGGCGUAUUACAGUUCUCUAUGCAAUUCUGGUCUACUCGCGUGCACAUGUUGAGAUCACACGCAACGGAAAGAUCGCAGUCUACUGGAACCUACAACGUGCUUUCUGUCAUCAAGUCAAAGUCGGUCAACGGCACUCUCAUGCUGAGCUUGACCAAAGAGCAGAUUGAGCUGUUGUUCAGACAGCAUCCGGUUGUGCAAAAAGCCUACAACGAGAACGUACCCCAGCUGAGCGAGGGUGACUUUUGGGAGAGAUUCUUUCACAGUCGCUUGAUGAAAAAGCUCAAGGGAGAGCGCAUCCAAGAAAAGGACGUGCUUGAUCCCAAGCUUGACAAAUACCUGACUUAUGAUGAGACCAUGGACAACCAGGAUCUGCUCGCCGCCUCAAUCCCCAAUUUCAUCAACAUCGAGGCGAAUGAGAACAACCACAGCCAGAAACAAGGCAACCGGCCCGACUUCACUAUGAACCCGACCAACUACGAGAAAGCGCCCAUUCUCCGAGUUUUGAAUCGCAUGAGCGAGAAGAUGAUGAAGGAAGUGCCACCCUCAGACUCAAGUCGGCAUGGACCUGCCGGUUUGGAUGAAGAGACAUACAAAGAGCUGCAGUUGCGGGACCUACAGCGUGCAGAUGAUGACAACAGAGUCGUUCUUCGGGUACAAGACCAGAGUAGAUUCUUCUCCGCCGGUCAGAGCGUGCAUACCUCUACCAGUGCUGCCACUUACACAAAACGUACUCCUGCACAGGCUCUUUCGACGUUGCAGCAUGAUCUUCGCAAGUUUAGCAGUGACGACGGCAAGGUCUUGAGCGUUGACCUCCGCUCUACAAUCGACAUCGAUGAUGAAAGCAGUAGCGAUGAAGAGGGGUCUGCUCCCAAGAAAACCAAGGUUGGUAGCAAAUCAGCCCGAAGUGCAGCCUCUUCGCAAAUUAUAGCGGCUGUCAAGAAGCGACAUUUGCACAACGAUGACUAUUCGUCGUCCAAGUCUAUCCCCACGAGCGAGCGAGCGAAGGAGCUCCAUGUCUCCGAGGCUGUUCUUGACAACCUCACCAUGACCCACAACACAACGGUUGAAUUCCUACACUACUUCUGGUCUGUAUUCUAUUCAGGGGACCCAGACCGUGCGAACGAGAUUGCGCGUCUUAUCGAGACGCUAGACAAGUCGCUCGAUCGUAUCAAGGCGGUGGCUGAUAUGGCAGAGGCUGACCGCGCAGCCAGGAUUGAGCAUGCCCGGAAAGAAAAUGAGUUUGCUAACCAGCGAGAGAGGAAGAAGAGAAAGUUCGAUCCCGAGGCCAUCAGAGGAGGAGCCAAGGCUGUCAACCAGAUUGUGGAUCCCUUGCUUCGAGCGAUCGACGCGGCGCGGAGUCAGUACCAGAAGGCUCUUCAAGAACAAGUCGCACGUAGUACAGCGAACGCAGCUGUUUGA